AUGUCAGGCCAUGACUCGUCUGGACCGGCAGUGCGCCACGAGAGACCUUUCAUCUUUCCUUGGAACCGUAGGCUACGACACCUCCAUGGCGUCUCCUUGCGCAAUUUGGACCUCACGACCACUCCGUCUCGGCAGAGAGGCAAAACCAUAACCGACGACGAUGCGCCGUACAAUCUUGACUCGCCCACCAAGCGAGCACUCCGGGGAGACGCACACAAGCUGACCCACAGCUCAUCCUUCACAAAUGUCGUCGAGGCGAAGAACCACCGCCCGGGCUCACUGCAGAAGGCAGCAACAGCAUACAGUAAUGAUGGGAGAUCCCCAACAGCACGGCCGGUGGGUCGCAUGCGUCGGCGAAGCACACUGCACUGGAAUUCUGCUACUCCACGAGCACGACAGGAAAAGCUACGAGACCUGACAGCGCACAGGCUGAUCGAUACCUGGUUCACAUUGCACUCAACCACUUCGUCAGAUCCGAUCUAUGUAAGUGAGAUCAUGGAGAGAAGCAUGAACCCAAGCUUCGCCUUCUUCGACCUCGACGCAUUAGGACCCAACAUCUCGAGAAGCGAUGCCUGUUUGCUUCGUGUCUGGGCAAAGCGCUCAGAAGGCACGGAUUGGGCUGUUCUCCUCGAGAUAUCAUUGAAUCUUCGGUCAAUGCAAUUUAUUGGGAAGACACUUGAUGCCUUCCAUCAUCCACUGCCAGAGAAUUGCGUCCUUCUUCACCUGUCCGACGGAAUCUAUACCUCUUUCACCGACAUGCCCGCUGGCAGCAAAAUGUUCCCUUACGAGAAGGACACCAAGGGGGAGCGAACACAGACUGGAAGCUCGUUUGAUUCUCUGAUGCAGUUGGCCAACUUGGAUGAAUGUAUUCAGGACGCUCUGAAGGAGCGUAAGCGGCUGGAGGAAGACGUGGAUGAGCUUUUGCGCCAACAGAACCCUGCCAGAGAUCGUGAUCAGGCAAUUCUGUCUCAGCGAGAUCGCGUCAGCACGGCUCGUGCUGCGGUGGAAGCCGUGAACAAGCAGAACGCGCAUUUACAACGACGCAUUGACGAAUUACGUCGCAACCUCAAGGCUCGACGCGAUGCUGUGAAAUUUGCGGCACAGUCUCCCGAUGCUAAUGCGCCGGGUCGGCGAGGCCUGAUGGUCGUGUUCCCAAUCGAAGCCAUCAAGAACAAAGCCUUGCAGUUUACUAUUCGAAGUAUACAUUUACCAAAUUCGACAUUCGAUGACACGAAUCGAGACGAGAUUGCAGCUGCGUUUGGCUUCACGACACAGCUGGUUCAACACCUGUCCCUGUAUCUGCGCUGCGGACUACCAUAUCCAUUAGAAGUCAAUUCCUCUCAGUCGUGGAUCGAAGAUCCCAUCUCGGCUGGUCUGACGCAGCGACGCUAUCCGCUCCACCCCACGAGCGUCGCCUAUAAAUUCGAAUAUGGAGUCUUCUUGCUCAACAAGAACAUCGAGAUCCUGAUGAGCAAAGCUGGUUUACGAGUCCUGGAUAUUCGGCAUACUCUGCCGAACCUGAAAUAUCUGCUAUACGUACUAACCGCUGGCUCUGGCGAUCUGCCAGCCAGGAAAGCUGGCGGGAUCAGAGGCCUGCUUGGCGGGAAGGCGACCCCAACGAUAUCGCGUCGUACGAGUGAGGAUAGCGUGCAGGGUAGUCACGAACUCUUGAAGCAUGUUCAGGCCAACGGUGGAGCUGUGGCGAAGGAGAAGCCUGCAGAGCUGUACUCGGCGUCGCCGCCAUCGAGGCUCGUGUAUCGACAUAGCAACCUUCGAGAAGCAUAG